GCUUAUUAUUGCUCAGCUGUUGAACAGCGAAUAUUGUGCACAGCUAACAAUAGGUAUCACCAAAUAGGAAACAGGAAGCGGUGCUGCAUUUCGCCAUGUCCGAGAACUGUUUCUCCCAUUUAUGGACGAAAGGCCAGCAAUCUUCUGUUCUGGGCAGCAACGAGAGGCCAUACCAGUCAAGAUGAGCUCACCUACCGACACCUGGCCAUCGCAGCGGCCGUCCGUCAACGCAGACAAGACGGCUAAGUCAAGCAUCUUGGGCUACAUCGACAACACCACAGUAGCAUCGGUGUCCGUCUCUGUGUUCCAGACCAAUGCGAAGAACCCAAAUGAUCGGGAAGACGAGGGACAGAGCUGGGGCAUCCUUGGUCUUGGAACCAAGACCCCAAUGGACAUCUUAUAUCCAGAGGCCUACUACAAACCGCCCGGACGGGGAACUGUGGAGCACGACAUCUCCGACUGUGUCCACGUUGUUUACGAAGGCCCCGGGUACUCGCGCACCACGCGCUUCAUCAAGCUGCGAGAUCCUGUCAAGUCAGACUACACAUUCGACAUCACUGUCACCGACUUUGGAAAUCAGGCUGCCAAGUUCGAGGGCACCAUGAAUUGGCAGGGCAUCGACUACGAGUGGACCGGCCAGUGUAUCAGCAAAGGAAAAGUGGAUCGUGAAGUGACCGAGAUCAGCUUGCCCAAACCCGCCGGGCUUGAGGGCACGCUGCAAGAGCUGAGGGACAUCUCGCCGUUGGCCUGGAAGAACGAAGGAAAGGACAUCCCGCGAGGCACAGACCUGGCCCAACUGAAGGGUGACGAGGUAAUGCAAAAGAUCACGGUGCAUGCACUCGACGACGAGACGAAGAGGACCCUGUUUCCGAACCAGCCCCCGCUGAGCCCAGCUGAGAGCUCCAUCCUGGCUGACAGCCGCGACUACUUCAAGCGAGCUGCAGUGCACCUCAUUGCGGAACAGCUCAAGAAAAUUCACCAAAUUAACCCCAAAAUCUCAAAGGGGUCCUCCGUGGGGUUCCAGACCGAGUUUGACCAGACCCUUGUCAAGCACAUCACCUACAAGUGGAAGACUUUCAUGAGUAUGAUGACCUCAUUUGCACCACCGACUGACGGCAAGCCCGAUCCCGUCGUCGAGUACGGCUGGGAUAGAACCAAAGACGCCGAGCUCAUUAUUCGCCUGCAGAGCCAGUUCCAGGAGGCAUCCAUGCGCUGCUACCUCGAGGGCUACAAACUGCGCUUCCCGGAGUGGGACAAGUUCCUCAAGCACCCCGUCUACUGGUUCAAAUGCUUCUCGUCGUUGCUGGUCUCCCCGGAGCAUUGCAAUCGCUGGGUACACACGCUCAUUGACCCACUCCAAAACACGAAUAAAAACGCCGUCACAGCAAAUCAGGAGGUCCUUCUGUGGGGAAACAAGCUCUCCGUGCUCAAGCAAGCGAGCCCCAAGGAGGUCAGGGACCAAUUGGACAUUGGCGAGGUCACGGAGUACCUCACCUCCCAGGCCCAGCUGGCGCUGGCUCAUGCACAACUGGUGAACAAGGACCUAGUUGAGAGCACCAAGCGGGCAUUUGGCGGUGCGGCCCCGAGCGACAUGGACAGCGGAGGAGAGCUCUACAACAAGGCGGUCGACUCUUGCAUCCGACAAGAAGCAAUCCAAAUCCUCAGCAAAGCCGCAGACCCAACAUCAGCGCUUGCCGCUCACCUGGAAAAGUACUGGCGCAUUCGCUUGCCGCCCGGCGCCCCAGUAGAUCGCACAGUUGGCAUGCUCGUGGUGGCUCUCCAGGACGAGGAAGCCCUGAAGAAGUGCAUGCAAGCUGACGGACUUAAGCCACUAACUCCCGCCCCCGACUCGGGCUCUCAGGAUGUCGGCGAGUGGUACGCAAAAGUUUCAUAUACCAAGAUCGUCGAGGCCUCCGUGCACGGCGCCGCCUAUGCUGUGCUUCUCGUGGAGAGCAGCCGGCUAGCGGCCACCAGCGGCUCAAAAGCAAGCAAGGAGGGCGCAGAAGUGGGGAGAAAGGUCGCCAUGGAGAUCACCGCCGGGCUGGCGCUGACCUUCAAGCUCGUCAAGAAAGCGGGCAAGUUCCUUUACAAAGUCAUCAGCCUGAUUCUGGCACAGCGGAAGCUCGCCACGGUGCUUAACUCGAUGAUGAUCAAGCUAUCUCAGAACCUGGCCAGCUUCGGCAAACGGUUCACGACCACGCUGUUUGGCAGCCUCAAGAACGUCCUCAGAACCUUCGGCGCCGUCCUCGCCAUUAUCGGCAUCUUCACCGCGUACAGAGACGCCAAGGCGGCCGGCGAGGUGCAUCCAAACGACCGCGACCAGGCACUCAUCAUCUACUCCUGGGUACAGUUUGGGCUCAGCAUCGCCUCGGCGCUGGUUGCGGUCGGCGCUAUUACCUUCCAGGUGCUGGGAUAUGCCACGGCCGUGUCGGCAUGCGGUCCUAUCGGCGCAGUUAUUGCAGGGGUCAUGCUCGCUGCGUUUGCAGUCUACUAUAUCUGGUUCAGACCAGAUCCAUACAAGGACGUCAAGGGGUUUCUACACCGAGAGGCGAAGCCUGUAGGGAGCUAUGACGAGAGCAAGGCUGUAGAGCUUGAGGAGCAAGAGUUGAACUUGGUUAGUGCUCCAAAAACUAAUUAGCUAAGCUACACAGAGGGGAAUAAAUAGGAAUACUUUGGACAAAAGUGGCCUAUGUGCACGCUCAGGUUACGUGUGACAUUUGCGAUGAGUCGGGGCCACACCCUAGGCGGUGGCGGAAUCUUCGGGGACUAGAAAUAUGC